AUGUCAUCUGACGGCGCCGAAGUGGCGGAGGACUAUCGUCUUGCCCUGGAGGAUCUCUCCUCUAACAUGCGAUUUGAGAUCAGCAAUUUGACAGUCAUUGCUAGAGAAAAUACUGAACAUGCAUUGGCUAUCGCAGAUGUUCUGCAGCAGCACAUUUUAAAGGCACCACCGAAUAAGAAACUUCCAGCCCUCUAUGUCAUGGAUUCAAUUGUCAAGAAUGUUGGCACUCCGUAUACGCUCUAUUUCGGUCGAUCCCUCUUCAAGAUAUUCAUGGAAUCAUACGCGGUGGUUGAUCACGGCAUACGCCGGAAGAUGGAAGAGAUGCUCAAAACAUGGAAGGACCCUGUCCCUGGAUCAAUGGACACGCGGCCCGUCUUUUCACACGAGCUGGUACGGCCGAUCGAGAAUGCUUUGAUGAAAGCCAGAGCAGCAAGCAUGCCGCAACAGGGCCAGGGCGGCAUACCUGGGAGACCUCGUCCAGGAAUGUUCCCUCAUCGAAACACACCGACGCCACCGGGAAUGCGUGGAUAUCCUGGCCCGGCUGGGAACUUUCCACCUCAGCCUCAUCCGUUCUCCAAUGGAGGAGGACACCCUGGCGAGCCAAUUCCCGGCCACGCACCACACCUAGGGCAGCAGCCCGCCCCUUACCCCCCACCAUCCACCACGGCCUCUUACAACUCAACCCCAGUCCCCUUCCACCCGGCUUUCGGCUCGGGCUUACCUCUGCCGUCUGGAAUAAGCGUAGAGACCUUGAGCAGUGACAUUCAAAACCUGAUUGUUGCUAUGAGGGCCGAGUUCUCGCAGAACCCACAUGAUGGCGGUGUCCAGAGCAGAUUGAAAGCUCUUUUGGAUCUCCAGGGCGUUGUACAACACUCGAAUCUGCCACCAGACCAGCUUGAGCUCAUAAAGAACAAAGUAACAGAACUUGCUGCCGUGACAAUAAGGGCUCCUCUGGCUCGUAACUCUGCGACUUCUACACCCCCUAUUCCAGCACCAGCGACGGCGCCACCUCUGGCGCUUCCUGUGCAUCCUCCUUCAACCUCUGUAACUCCGUCAGCUGUGCCGGCAGCCCAGCCUGCUGCGCCAGUGACCCUUGAUUCAUUGCUGGGAAAGGGGGCGAUGGCGGCCUUGUUGAGCAUGCAGUCGGCAAAUCCUCAGAAUACGGCACCCAAGCCUCCGUUUGCUGGUGCUCCCAUACGGUCACCGCAGAUGAACCACAUCGAACCACCCAAGGCAGCGGUGAUGCCGCCGGCUAUGCCCGGGGCCCCAGCCUCAAGUGCCUCGUCACUGUUAGAUCAGCUUCGUGCAGCGGGUAUGCUCCCACCUGCAACGCCUACAAACGUGCAAGCUCCAAUCCAGGCGCCGGUUCCUCCUCCUCCACCACCUUCAUUGUUCCCUCCGGGCCUUUCAGCGAGCAUUGCCAGUUUGCUGGCUGCCCACAAGCCGGAUUCUGGCCGAUCCAGUGCAGAUGGACUGGGUGGCUCCACUGGAAUGGACUCGGCCGCCUUAAAGCUACAGUUCCACCCCGAUGCGGUUGCCGCGUUGUAUGAUGAUCUGGGCCCCCCCUGUACGCAGUGUGGGCGGCGAUUCAAGACUGAUGAGGAGGGAAGACGGAAGAAGACGGCUCACAUGGACUGGCACUUCAAAGUACACCAAAGAAGCACGGAGGCGGAGAAGCGAGGCACACAUCGGAGUUGGUAUGUGGACCAGCAGGACUGGGUCAAAGCUCGCGAAGCGGUCGACGCGAUACACGACGUGUCCUCCAAGGAGGAGUCAGCCCAAGCCUCUAAGGACUCAGAGGGACCCAAAUACAUCCUCGUGCCAGACUCGAGCAGCGGUAUCAAUAAUGUGUGUCCAAUCUGUCAGGAGAGAUUUGAGAACAAGUGGUUCGAUACUGUACAAGAAUGGGUGUGGCUUGACACGGUCUUGGUGGGCAACCGAGCAUAUCAUGCCUCGUGCCGUGCCGAGGCAACGAGAGAUCGAGAAUCCACGCCAGGCCUAUCGCGACGCACGCCAGAGCCGGUGCUGGGAAAGCGAAAAGCAGAAACGGGCCUUACGUCGCCCAAGGUUAGAGUACAAAAGACG